UCGUUUUGAUUCUCGUAAGCCCACCACUCUCUCUUCCCAUCUCGAUCUCGACGAAGAAAAAAGGGCGAAAAUAUUGCGUUUGGUUCUCUCUUCUCAAAUUCGAACCCUAAAACCCUAGAUUCCUACGAAUCAUGUCGAGAAAGAUGCUGAUCGAUGGAGAGGUUGAAGGAGAGCAGCAGUUCGAUUACGAUCUGUUCGUCAUUGGCGCUGGAAGCGGCGGAGUUCGAGCUUCGAGGACUUCUGCAGGUUUUGGAGCUAAGGUUGCAAUUUGUGAGCUUCCAUUCCAUCCAAUCAGUUCAGAAGUUAUUGGUGGAGUAGGAGGAACAUGUGUGAUUCGAGGCUGUGUUCCUAAGAAGAUACUAGUAUAUGGGGCAACGUUUGGAGGUGAAUUUGAGGAUGCAAGAAAUUUUGGUUGGGAGCUUGGUGAAAAAAUUGAUUUCAACUGGAAAAAACUUCUUCAUAACAAGCAUAAUGAAAUAACUAGGUUAAAUGGAAUAUACAAGAGAAUGUUGGCCAAUUCUGGUGUAACUCUGCUUGAAGGAGAAGGCAGGGUUGUCGAUGCUCAUAGAGUGGAGGUGAUACAAGCAGAUGGUUCAAAGCAACAAUAUUCAGCAAAACAUAUUCUGAUUGCAACUGGCAGUCGAGCUCAGCGUCCACCCAUCGCAGGGAAGGAGUUGGGCAUUACCUCAGAUGAAGCGUUGAGCUUGGAAGAGUUUCCCAAACGCGCUGUUGUAUAUGGUGGAGGGUAUAUUGCUGUUGAGUUUGCUUCGAUAUGGCGAGGGAUGGGUGCUAAAGUUGACUUAUUUUACAGAAAGGAACUCCCACUGAGGGGUUUUGAUGAUGAGAUGAGAGAAGUUGUCGCAUCAAACCUUAAAGGAAGGGGUAUUAACUUGCAUCCAGGGACAAAUAUAGCCGAGUUGCAUAAAACUGAAGAUGGCAUUAGAGUUGUUCCUGACCAUGGGGAUGAACUUACAGCAGAUGUUGUUCUAUUUGCCACAGGUAGGGCUCCAAACUCAAAGAGGUUGAACUUAGAAUCUGUUGGUGUUGAGCUUGAUAAAACUGGAGCAAUUAAGGUAGAUGAAUACUCCCGUACUACUGUCCCCAGCAUUUGGGCAGUUGGAGAUGUUACAAACCGAAUGAAUCUCACUCCUGUGGCAUUAAUGGAAGGAACUUGCUUUUCGAAAACAGUAUUCGGUGGGCAGCCUACUAAACCAGACUAUAAACAUAUACCCUGUGCUGUUUUCAGCAUUCCCCCUCUCUCUGUUGUUGGCCUCAGUGAACAGCAAGCUAUAGAGGAGUGUAAGAGUGACAUUCUGGUCUACACCUCAUCAUUUAAUCCAAUGAAAAACACAGUAUCUGGGAGACAAGAAAAAACGGUUAUGAAGCUUCUUGUUGAUUCUGAAACUGAUAAAGUAAUUGGCGCCUCCAUGUGUGGUCCAGAUGCAGCUGAAAUUAUGCAGGGUAUUGCCAUAGCUUUGAAGUGUGGAGCAACGAAAGCUCAAUUUGAUAGCACGGUUGGGAUCCAUCCAUCAUCUGCUGAAGAGUUUGUAACAAUGCGCACUUUAACUCGCCGUGUAACUGCUGGGGCUAAACCGAAGACAAAUUUGUGAAAGUACUACAACAUCUCGAAAAACUGUCGCUGGCAGUAAAGUACACCCAUACUUCGAGCUAGCUAGCUACAGUUUUGCAAUUGCAAAUUGUAAUAAUUGGGUUGACAUGGUGUAAUAUGUUUCAUCAUAUAGAACAUCAUGGUAGGCAUUGUGGCAAAGAUUUACGUUGUGUUCAUCUUCCACGAUGAUAUUAUCUUGGUUCUCGUAUACCAUAUGUGUGAGCUUAUUCAGUU